AUGAACCGAGUUCCCAUCUUCGAAGAGUACAGAUUGAUAGAAAGAAGUGAAUUAGAAAUCAAUGGAGCAUGGAAAGGAGCCCACCUACUCCUGUUCUUCUUAGCAUUCGUCUUCGGUUCGUUCUGCACGUUUUGCUUCCACAUGCUGAUGUACCUGUUCGAUGAGAAGUGCGUGCUGUUCCCGAAGCUCCUCUCCCUCACAACGCUUAAGCACAACGUUAUCUACGAGUUCAUGCCCGCCACUAAAGAUUUUGCAGAUUUGGAUUUUCUGAGCACCCAAUGGGUUGAGAAGAGCACCUGUUCCCUACCGACGUACGUUCCCCUUGUUUCUGGCAUCUUCGGGCUCGUGUGGACUACCAUGUUCCUUAUGUGCUCCACUGGCAGCAGAACACUAUCUGGUUUACAACGGCCUUGGCGAGUGCUGCCCCCUGUAUUUGUGUUCUCCUUAGCGAUGGGCAGCCUGUGCAUCUACUCCUCAACAAUCACCCACUAUGGGUUACAGGAACUUUGCGUUAAGCUAGGGGAGAUCACCGGCAGUCCCACUUGCUCAUACACGAUAAACGUAGCGACACUAACGUAUGAGCGUCGCAUCCGUGGCGUAUACCAAGCGACACGUCUUACGAUACUCUCGGCCUGGCUACACACCGCUUGUUGGCUGCUCUCCGCCAUCCUCGCUUUAGUCCGCGUCCUGCUGGCUGUCGACUUCCAACUAGUACGCGUCAGCGUCCACCUACAUGGCGACAUCGACGCCUUACUGGAAAAACACGAAGUCCAAAUUAGGACUGUUUCACCAGACACUUGGUUUAAUGAAAAAGAGGAAUGCCCAAGCAAUAUAAAUCUAUCCAAUCCUACCAAGUUUCCACUAAAGUCAAUAUUGCGCGCUGAAGAGGGAGGCGGAGGCUCACUACAAGCAAAAGAAAGCGAACUCAUUUAUCUGACAGAGCAUGACUUGGAACAGUCAGAAUCAUCAGUAAUGUAUGACCAAUUAAGUCUGGCCACGUCAGAAGCCGUAAAAAAGGUUCCAGAAGAUCAAGCCUUCAUUGUCGAAUGGUUAUAUAAUUUAGUAGCUAAAUUAAAUUUAUCACCCACUUCUAGUGAAAGCAACGACAUUCCAUCUUCAUUCUACGUAGUUGAAAAUGAAAGUCGUUCAAAAAAUAUUUCAAGACAAUUCGCACAUGAAAAAAUCUUUAAACAGGAGUCCGAGCUUAAAACUACUUUUCAACGACAAGACAGCCUUUUUUUAAAAGAUAUUCGAAAGGCUAAAAAGUAUAAGACGGAUCAAGUUGAUUUUGGUAAUGACAAUAACCCAACACCAUCUACUUCGAAGCGACCUUUACGAUAUGUUUCUGAAAUGAACAUUACUCCAGCCUUGCAACGCUUACUAGAUAAUGCUGCAAAAGAAAACGAGGGACGUUCUCCAAAAGAUCACAAUAGAACAGGAACGAAGAAGUCUAAUUUAAAGACAGUGGCUAUACAAACAGAAAAAGAUAAAGAAAAAAAACGCAGUACACGAGUUCAGAUACCAGAAACUAAUUUCGUCCAAAUAAAAUCUGAGUCCGACCAAGAGACAUCUACCUCGACGGAUAAAAAAGACGUAGAUAAAGAAACACAAACUAAGGAGAAAGAAAAACAGGAUUAG